UGUAAUGUCAUUUGCAGAUGUCAUCAUUCCUAGCCACGUCGAAACUGUGUUUUCAUGUUGGUGCUGAAUUUUGUUGAAAAUAUUGUGUUAAACUGUUCGAGAACUUAGUAAAAUUAUCGAAAAAUGCCGCUAAGGUUGGACAUCAAAAGAAGGCUUACGUCGCGGUCGGACCGAGUGAAAUCGGUUGAUCUCCACCCGACGGAACCAUGGAUGCUGUGCGCUCUGUACAAUGGCCAUGUACACGUGAUGAAUUACGAAAACCAGCAGCUGGUAAAAGAUUUCGAGGUGUGCGAUCUGCCGGUACGCUGCGCCCGAUUUGUGGCACGCAAGAACUGGAUCCUCACAGGCUCGGACGACAUGCAGGUACGCGUGUUCAAUUACAACACACUCGAAAAAGUACACUCUUUCGAAGCGCAUACCGAUUACGUCCGGUGCAUCGCAGUACACCCAACGCAACCGCUUAUUCUCACGUGCAGUGAUGACAUGCUGGUAAAGCUGUGGAACUGGGAAAAGAUGUGGGCAGUGCAGCGCGUCUUCGAGGGACACACACACUACGUGAUGCAGGUCGUGUUCAAUCCGAAAGACAACAACACAUUCGCCAGUGCAUCCCUCGACCGUACAGUGAAAGUGUGGCAGCUGGGAUCGAACGUGCCAAAUUUCACGCUCGAAGGCCACGAGAAGGGUGUGAACUGUGUGGAUUACUAUCAUGGCGGCGAUAAACCGUACCUCAUUUCGGGGGCCGACGAUCGGCUGGUCAAAAUCUGGGACUAUCAGAACAAAACGUGCGUCCAAACGCUGGAGGGCCACGCGCAGAACGUUUCGGCAGUUUACUUCCAUCCGGAGCUCCCGAUUUUGCUGACCGGCUCCGAAGAUGGUACAAUCAGAAUUUGGCAUUCGGGCACUUACCGGCUGGAGACAUCGUUAAAUUAUGGCUUUGAACGGGUGUGGACAAUUGCCUGCAUGCGUGGCACAAACAACGUGGCGUUGGGCUACGACGAGGGCUCCAUCAUCAUUAAGGUUGGUCGCGAGGAACCAGCCAUGUCGAUGGAUGUGAAUGGAGGAAAAAUCGUGUGGGCCAGACACUCCGAAAUGCAGCAAGUGAAUCUUAAGGCGCUCCCCGAAGGAACGGAAAUCAAAGACGGGGAACGCCUACCGGUGGCGGUUAAAGACAUGGGUGCAUGCGAAAUCUAUCCACAAACAAUUGCCCACAACCCGAACGGAAGGUUCGUAGUGGUGUGUGGCGACGGAGAGUACAUCAUCUACACAUCGAUGGCCCUCCGCAACAAAGCGUUCGGCUCCGCGCAAGAAUUUGUGUGGGCAUCGGAGAACAGCGAAUAUGCGGUGCGUGAAUCGAGCGGCACGGUGAAGCUGUUCCGUAAUUUUAAGGAACGCAAAAGCUUCACCCCGGACUACGGUGCAGAAGGUAUCUUUGGUGGACAGUUACUUGGAGUGAAAACGUCGUCCGGCUUAACAUUCUACGACUGGGAAAAUUUGGAGCUGAUCAGACGAAUCGAAGUGCAGCCGAGACAUGUGUUCUGGAACGAAGCGGGCACUUUGGUGUGUCUAGCCACGGAAGAUUCAUACUUCAUUCUGAAGGUGGACAUCGCAAUGAUACAAAAUGCGCUGGCCACGAAGCAACAGCUGAGUGAGGAUGGAAUCGAAGAAGCGUUCGAUGUUUUGGGCGAAGUGAACGAACUGGUGCGCACCGGUCUGUGGGUUGGCGAUUGUUUCAUCUACACCAAUUCUGUCAACCGUAUCAACUAUUACGUUGGCGGCGAGAUCGUUACCGUUUCGCAUCUCGAUCGAACCAUGUAUCUGCUUGGUUACGUGCCGAAAGACAACAGACUCUACCUGGGCGACAAGGAGUUGAACGUGACCAGCUUUGCGCUGCUAUUGUCCGUGCUCGAAUACCAGACAGCCGUCAUGCGACGCGACUUUGAAACGGCCGAUCGUGUGUUGCCAACCAUUCCGAAGGAACAUCGCACCCGGGUAGCUCACUUCUUGGAGAUGCAAGGAUUCCGCCAACAGGCUUUACAGGUUUCGAUCGAUCCAGAGCAUCGUUUUGAGCUCGCCCUAAAGAUAGGCGAUCUGGAUACAGCGCUUCUGCUGGCCCGUGAAUCCGACAGCCCUCAAAAGUGGAGCCAGCUCGCAAGCAUUGCUACCAGCAAGAACAAGUUCGAUCUCGUAAAGGAGUGUCUGACGAAUGCAAACGAUUACGGUGGACUCUUGCUGCUGGCAACCAGUACGGGCGAUUCGGACAUGUUGCGAAAUCUGGGCGAGAAUGGUGUCACGCAGGGAAAAUUCAACAUUUCCUUCCUGUCCAUGUUUUUGCUAGGCGAUUUAGAAAAAUGUCUAGAAAUCUUGAUUCAAACCAACCGGAUACCGGAAGCUGCAUUCUUUGCUCGGACGUACUUACCAAGCAAAAUUUCACACGUGCUCGACAUUUGGCGUACGGAGUUGGCCAAAAUCAAUGAAAAGGCCGGACAAAGCUUAGCCGAUCCGGAACAGUACGAAAAUCUGUUCCCAGGAUUCUAUGAUUCGGUGAAAACACAACAAUUUCUGCUACCGGAACGAAGCACACUUCUACCCGCCAAUGUCGCUACCAAAGUACCACUCAACAUUGACCGCACGCCUAUUGAUGAGAUGAAAUUGGCGGAAAAUGAAGGAAAGUUCGAUUACAAUCCAAGUGCAAACAGUGAAGCUAUUGUAUCAUUACCGAAUGGAAACGUUGAUGAUAGCGCCGCAUCAGUUUCAAAACAUCCCGAGCCACCAACCGCUGUAAACAGCAACACGGACAGCAGUUCAACGCAACUUCCGCCAGUAGGUGUAUCGCCGACGAUAAACACCGGUACGACUGGACUCGGCAGUGUGGCUGCCGCGCAGGUAAAACGGAAAAGUUCUCUCGAGGAUUUCGAGUCCGAGAUAGAAGCGCUGAUGGAUGAUAAUAUUGACACUUCGGAUGUAAAUAUAGACGAUGUGGAGUUGAGCGAUGAUUGAGCGUACGAAAUGGAGACAUCCGCCAAUCUCAAUA